CAACACAAGACAGACUAGCUUACUUGCGCAGCGCAACGAUGAGCACGAUACUCAUCGCCAUGUAUUUUCUUCUGAUGUUCUCGGCAGCUGCUCCGCGAGUCGAUGGAACCGCCGGAGGGAUCUUGCAGAUCCCUUCAAGUGACUCCUUGGCUAAGUGCAUCUCAAGGUGCGGGGACAUCGACAUCUUCUAUCCCUUUGGUAUUGGGUCCGGUUGCUUCCGUUUAGGCUUCGACCUCACCUGCAACAGCUCCACCAAGCAUCCAAAGCUCUUUUUAGGCAGCAGCACUGCCCAGGUCACAUACAUGUACUCCAGCGGAGGUCUGGGGACCCCUAUAUUCUUCAACCUUACAACGAGGCCAGGUACAAAUACCUACAACAUGUCUUGGGAGGCCCCUGUUAAAGGUAUUACUAUCGCUAGUGAUAAUAUUUUGUACGUAGCUGGUUGUGAUUUUGACGUCACCUUGUUCGAGUAUGGUACGGGAGACAUGGUUGGUUCUUGUAUGAGUAGAUGUGCGGGCAAGAAGGCACCAACUGGAGUUUCUUGUAAUGGAAUAGGCUGCUGCCUCAUCCAAUUACCAAGGGACCUGCCAGGCUUUCGUGCAGAACUUGUCAGCACUAAUACUACUGCAACACAAUCUGAUUGGUUCCACCCUGGCAUCAUGGCUUUCGUGUCUAUGAUUUAUUACAAUACAACCGCUAUUUUCUCGAGUUGGACAGAUCCAAGCAAUAUUUUUGACGCGAUGCUUAGUGUUACCAUCGUGGACCAACCAAGCUGUCAAAGUGCACAAAUGAACAAGGCAAGCUAUGCCUGUAGCAUCGGUAGCAGUUGCCAGAAUUCCUCAUCUGGUGGUUACAACUGUGACUGCUCUUCUUAUCGACAAGGCAACCCUUACAUUUUAGAUGGAUGCAUGCAAGAUUAUAACCCCAAGCCCAAAAAACACUGUCCUGCAUCAUGUCGACGCAUUACUGUUCCCUUCCCCUUUGGUCUUGAAGAAGGGUGCUAUGCAAAUGAAAGAUUUCGUCUUAAUUGUACAUCUGGUGAUCUCAUAUUUUCUCUCUCAAUUGCACAAUAUCUUGUGACUGAUAUAUCCGUGGAAGAUGGGACUUUGUUUGUUAGCAACAUGGUGAAGGGAAGUAAAGCUCAAGAGGUAGUAAUUAUCCAGACUGACAGUGCUGGACAUGGAUGGGACUCGGGCCCCCCUAUGGAAGAUCAAUUUGAUUUCUCUAUGGAGUACAACAUUGUUAUGAAGUGGGCGGUUGCCAAUUUAAUUUGUCAAGCAGCUAAGAAAAAUGAUACUACUUAUGCAUGCCGCAGUUCCCACAGCUAUUGCCUAAACGUUACCCAUGGGGAAAUAUUUAUGGGAUACCGUUGCAAGUGCUCUUUAGGCUUUCAAGGAAAUCCGUACAUCAAAGAUGGCUGCAUAGAUAUCGAUGAAUGUGCACUAUCAAGCAACUGCAAUGGGAGAUGUCAAAAUUUUCUUGGAGGCUACACAUGCACGAGUUGCCCUCAUAGAAAAGAGUUUGAUCCAAUAAAGCAGAAGUGUGUUACAUCAGCCAAGCAACACAAUCUUCUUUUGGGUAUCGCAAUUGGAACUGGAUGUGGCCUUGGCUCUAUAAUUAUUGCAUUCUGUCUAAUUCUAUUCACCAAUAAGUGGAAGAAAGGCAUCAAGAAGAGAAUCCGACUAGCACACUUCAAGAAAAAUCAAGGCCUACUCUUGGAGCAGCUGAUCUCAGAUGAAAGCGCCACAAACAAAACAAAGAUAUUCUCCUUGGAGGAGCUAGAGAAGGCAACCAACAACUUCGAUGUCGCUCGUGUUCUUGGUCGUGGAGGGCAUGGUACAGUUUAUAAAGGGAUUCUAUCUGACCAACGGGUGGUAGCUAUUAAAAAAUCCAAAAUUGUGGAGCAAACUGAGAUAGACCAGUUUAUCAAUGAGGUUGCUAUCUUGUCUCAAAUCAUUCAUCGAAAUGUGGUAAAGCUCUUCGGUUGUUGCCUUGAAUCUGAAGUGCCUUUGCUUGUGUACGAGUUCAUAUCUAAUGGCACACUGCAUGACCUACUUCACAUUGACGUUGGUGUUAAAUGCUUGCUGUCUUGGGAUGAUCGCAUUAGGAUUGCAGUAGAAGCAGCAGGAGCACUUGCUUAUCUGCACUCGGCUGCUGCAAUACCAAUUUUCCAUAGAGACGUGAAAUCUUCUAAUAUUCUAUUGAACAGCAGCUUCGCCACAAAGGUUUCUGACUUUGGUGCUUCAAGGUCUCUUUCACUCGAUGAGACACAUGUGGUGACUAUUGUCCAAGGAACAUUUGGUUACCUAGAUCCAGAGUAUUACCAUACUGGGCAGUUAACGGAAAAGAGUGAUGUGUAUAGUUUUGGAGUAAUACUUGUGGAACUUUUGACAAGAAAAAAGCCAAUUUUUAUCAAUGAUCUAGGUGCAAAACAGAACUUGGCCCAUUAUUUCGUGGAAGGAUUGCAAGAGGGAGCUAUCAUGGAAUUAAUGGAUCCUCAGGUUGUCAAAGAGGCAGAUCCGGAAGACAUUGAUGAUAUUUCGUCACUUACAGAAGCAUGCUUGAGACUGAAAGGAAAAGACAGACCUACUAUGAAAGAAGUAGAUAUGAGGUUGCAAUUCCUGCGAACUAAGAGGCUAAGAAAAUGCAAUAUUCUCCCAGAGGUUAGUAACUCUGAUGCACAGAUGCUGCCCAGUUGCUACAGUCUAGAACAAGAACUUUCAUCCUCACUCACUUUGCCACGUUAAGUAUAUACGUGCAAUACCAAAAUUGCGUCCUUCCAAGUAUUCAUCUGAAUUAUACCAUUUAUUUUUUAUGGGAGUCGCAUUAUGUAUUUAUGUUUCAUAGUUCACUUUGGACCAGAGUAUGUCAUGUAGUUUCGCUUCCAGUAUAUUUGCAUAUUUUACUUGUAAGCCUAUGUCAAUUGUGUACAACUGUAUUACAAUUAUUUCGGCAAAUAUGCUUGUAAGGAAUAACUUAAGAUACAUCAUUGUAUUUAAGAUGCAGUGAUGGAGAAAGACGUAUUUGUAGUGU